ACUCCUCUGGAAUGUUAACAAUGCAGUAAGUGUUCCAACUUUGUACUGCAUUCUAAUUCUGCCGUGAGUGGCGAGAAAAUGGAGGACAAUCCCAGGAUAUUAUUCGGUGUGUGCUUUUUAUGAGAGGACAUCGAAGGACGAUCCUUGGGCAACAAAACUCCAAACAGACAAUCUACAACUUUACUGAAGUUUAAAUCAGUUCCUUGGAUUAAGGUACCACUUGAAUCACAUGAGGCAAAGAUGCAUACCAGACGGGGAUGGAACAAGUACACCGACGUAACCCCUAACAUGUCUUGGGAGAACGGGGAGUGUGAGCCCUGAAAGGGGUGCUGGGAUGUGAGUUGGCCAGCAUCCAGCAUGAGCCAGAGCCAAAGAGGCUGCAGCAACAAAGACGAGCAACAACAGGAAUCCUAAUCUUCCCUUGCAUCUUUCCCACUGCAGCGUGUUAUCUAUUCAGUGUGAAGAAUUUGUGUGUGAGAGUACAGGCCACAUUCACUCAUGAGGCCUAAGACGUUCCCUGCCGCCCCAUAUGUGGGCAACACGCGCCAGCGCCUGCAGGAGAUCAAGGAGGGACUGAAACAACCUGCGAAGCUGGUGAGCCUGGCACUUCACGGAGGGAGCGCUCGUGGGGAAGGGGGCAGAGGUGACUCUAAGAGCAAAGACCAAGCUGGAAGGCAACAACAACUCCGGCAGCCUCAGAAGUUCACCAACUAUCAAAAUGCCCUGCGAGAGAUCCGCAAGUCUCUCUUGCCUUUUGCCAAUGAAUCAGGCCCAGGAUCCAGCUCAGGACAUCCUGGUGAAGUCAACAGACAGAUGCUGCAGGAUCUCGUCAACGCUGGCUGUGAUCAGGAAAUGGCAGUCCGUGCCCUAAAACAGACUGGCAGCCGUAACAUUGAGGCAGCAUUGGAAUACAUUAGCAAAAUGGGCUACCUAGACCCUCACAACGAACAGAUUGUACGUGUCAUCAAACAGACUUCCCCAGGAAAAACUGGCAUGCCAAAUUUAAUGGACCACAGGGCGGCAAUGGAGGGCACUGGGGAUGGUGCAAUGCCACCAUAUCACCAAAUGGGAGCACCACUGUAUGAAGGAGCUGGUUAUGGGGCUGAGGGUGAGAUUCCUCGUGCAUACAUGGGUGGACCACCUGUCAUGAACUACAUGCCACCACCUGCCAACAAUUCACAGGGUCCUACCAUGGGAAACCCAAUGAGUCGUCCCGCAAGUAUGGGUGCCUACUCCACAAGCAUGGCUCCCCAAAAUAACCCUGGAAACCCUUUGUACACCCUUGGUCCAGCCACGCAAAAAGGAUACCCUGGUGGGAUAGACCAGCCCAUGAUGGGCUACAGUGUGCCUGGACCACCCAUGCAAAUCCAGCCUCAGCCCUCGGGAGGUCCUGGCACUCAUUAUGACUACAUGCCUCAUAUGAUAGAAGCCUCCAGUUAUGGGGUAAAACGAAGUGCUUCUUUCCAGAGUAAGAUGACCCCAUUAUCAUCCGAAAACUAUGUUAAUAUGUCAGGCAAAGGAGCAAUGGGCCAAAACACUGGUGGCUAUCCUCCUAACUUAUAUCUUCCACCACAUUCGCACCCACACCAAGCAAGUCCCACCGCACACCAGGGUUACAUGAUGCAGCGCUCCCCUGGUACUAUAGGCGGUGAGUUUUCUGAUGUUCCUCAAGGCCUCCUCACUCCUUCCAGGGCCAGUCUGAACCUCGACCUCUAUGAGCAUCACUGGCCAGGAGCCCAAGGUCCUGAGGGGACUCCUCCAGCUAGGCAGCCACAGGGUCCCUUUCGAGGGGAGGUACGUGUCCCCAGUAGGACCAAUUCUUUUAACAACCACCAGAAGGUGACUAACACAAUAACUGCAGUGACCUCUCCACCAAUCCAGCCACCUGUAAAGAGUAUACGGGUCAUGAGGCCUGAGCCGAAGACCGCAGUGGGACCAUGCCAUCCAGGCUGGCUGAGUGCCCAAGCCCAGGAAGCACCAGAAUCUCAUGGAUAUAUGCCAGAUGAGAAUUUUACCCUGGAGCCCAAUCAGGAACACCGUUGUCCGCCUCCACCCUACCCCAAAACACUGCUCCUGGCUGGAUCAGGACCUGGAACUGAGCCUGCAUCCCUGGAGAAUGGAGCCGUGGGUGGACUUCAAGAUGUCAAUGCUACAAGUAGAACUGUCCAGAGUGCCUCAGUAGGAAAGCAAGAGGAACCUGUCUCCAAAGACAAAGUGAAAACAGGCAAAGGAGAGAAGGCAGUGAAGGAUAAGAAGCAGAUUCAGACCUCACCUGUGCCUGUGCGUAAGAAUGCCCGUGAUGAAGAGAAACGGGAGUCGCGCAUUAAGAGUUAUUCUCCCUUCGCCUUUAAGUUCUACAUGGAGCAGCAUGUGGAGAAUGUGAUGAAGACCUAUCAGCAGAAACUCAAUCGCAGGAUGCAGCUGGAGCAAGAGAUGUCUAAGGCGGGCCUUUCAGAGGCAGAGCAGGAACAGAUGAGAAAGAUGCUUUACCAGAAGGAAUCCAAUUACAACAGACUAAGACGUGCCAAGAUGGACAAAUCAAUGUUUGUCAAAAUCAAGACACUCGGCAUUGGGGCCUUUGGUGAGGUGUGUCUUACACGCAAAGUGGACACAGGGGCUCUGUAUGCCAUGAAGACUCUACGAAAGAAAGAUGUUCUGAACCGAAACCAAGUAGCCCAUGUGAAAGCAGAGCGAGACAUCUUGGCAGAGGCUGACAAUGAGUGGGUAGUCAGGUUGUACUACUCAUUUCAGGACAGAGACAGCCUGUACUUUGUCAUGGAUUACAUUCCUGGAGGAGAUAUGAUGAGCUUGCUGAUCCGUAUGGGGGUUUUUCCAGAGCCCUUAGCCAGGUUCUAUGUGGCAGAACUAACGCUGGCCAUAGAAAGUGUUCAUAAGAUGGGCUUCAUCCACAGAGAUAUUAAGCCGGACAACAUCCUCAUUGACCUGGAUGGACACAUCAAACUGACUGAUUUUGGUCUGUGUACUGGCUUCCGUUGGACUCACAACUCAAAGUAUUACCAAAAAGGGAACCAUAUCCGGCAAGAUAGUAUGGAGCCGAGUGACUUUUGGGAUGAUGUGUCUAACUGCCGUUGUGGUGAUCGGCUGAUGACUUUGGAACAGCGGGCAACUCGACAACACCAGCGUUGCCUGGCACACUCUCUGGUGGGCACUCCUAACUACAUCGCCCCUGAGGUGCUUCUGCGCAAAGGAUACACACAGCUGUGUGACUGGUGGAGUGUUGGAGUGAUCCUGUUUGAGAUGCUGGUUGGCCAGCCACCCUUCCUUGCUCCAACCCCAACGGAGACACAGCUUAAGGUGAUAAAUUGGGAGAAUACUCUGCAGGUGCCUCAACAAGUAAAACUGAGUCCAGAGGCAGUUGAUAUCAUUGGUCAACUCUGCUGCUCAGCUGAAGAGCGUAUAGGAGGCAACGGGGCUGGAGAGAUAAAGGCUCAUCCAUUCUUUGCAGAGAUGGAUUUCUCCAGCAAUCUUCGCACACAGCCUGCUCCAUACAGACCGAAAAUUGCUCACCCCAUGGAUACAUCCAACUUUGACCCUGUGGAAGAGGAGGGGGGUCCAGGGGCCUGGAGUGACAGUGGAGACAGCACCCGCACUUGGGACAUCCUCUGUUCUCCUCAUGGCAAACACCCUGAGCAUGCCUUCUACGAGUUCACCUUCCGGAGGUUUUUUGAUGAUAACGGCUGCCCAUUCCGUUAUCCCAAGCCCCCCGAGGCAACGCACGACCUACCCAGCAGUAGUGGGGCUAAUACCCUGAAGCCUGAGCUGGAGGAGGAAGAGAUUCAUGAGGAGGAAGCGCAAGGGGAAGGGUGUGAGCCGGUUUAUGUGUGAGAAUGUGGUGUUCAUGCUGCUCUACCUUUACCCAUAGAGGACCUUGUCAGUUAACACGCUGCAUCUCCUAAACGUCCUUUUAACCCUACCUUUUCUUCAGGGUGUUUUUGUACAGGUUAAAUGCAUGGAAGAACAUCAGAAAUGGAGUGCAGAAAGUUCCAUGGGAAAUAUUUAUUCCUCCAAAAGCAUUAUGCUGCAUCUUUUGCCUGUUAAAAAGUUGACUGAAGCUUUGUCCUGGGACCAAGGAAAUACACAAGAAAUGCAGCUUAGUUCAUGGGGACGUUGGUGUGACUGAUAAACUUGGCUACUCUGCUAGGAGAGCACAAAAACAGAUGUGUGCAGCUGUUGCUCUGUGGCUUGUCAGUCAAACCACUCUACUCUUAUGGUUAGUGUGGUCUGUUUCAACUGUGCCCCAUUCCUUUAUGCGGGAAAAGAUCCCAGUCUUACAUCAUGUUUUUGAAAAUUUCCUUCACCUCUCUCAGCCUGGUGAUGCUAACAUAGUCAUUCCAAAGACCGGGGGCCAUGGUGAGGGAUCAGAAGAGAGCUGGGCUUGGGAUGGUGGCUCUAUGGUCAGAGUGUGAUUAGGAGAUGUGCGAAAGGCAGAGAGAAACAUCACUAUUCUCCUCCCUAGUGCAACCCAACAAAAAUAUAAAUGCAUAUACAUGCAACAUGCUGUCAGUCACAACUGGAGGUUUGCAUUUUUUAAACAUACUUUCUGAAGUAUGGAUUUGCAGAUUUCCUAUCAUACAAUCCCAGUAAUUUUCACUUUAUUAGUCUAAAGUGAAAGGGGUGUCAAACUCAAUUCUUCGAGGUCCGGAGUCCUGUAGAGUUUUGUUUCAACCCUACACCAGCACACAUACCAAGCAGAUUUCAAAUAAGCCUAAAGGACUUGAUUAGUUGGAUCAGGUGUGUAAAAUUAGAGUUGAAUCUAAACUCUGCAGGGCUCUGGCCCGCCAGGAAAUGAGUUUUGCAGUCUGGUCUAAAACAAAAAAGGUUUUAGAAGAUUUUGUGGUGCCACCAAGUGGUUCAACGUGACACUGUAAACAGUCAUGUGGAUUCUUUUAAAGAUUUUAACUUCUACAUUAUGAACUGACAGUAUUAGUUCACUUCUUCAUGCAAAGUCUGUCUAAAAGAUCAUGCGGUAUUUUGCAGUUAAUACACUUAAUAUCACAGCCUUUUUGUAAAUAUUAUACAGUGUCUUUCAUAUUGUUUCACGCCUUAUGUCAAAUGGUGCUCUCAGACAUGACACAAUAUUGAGACAAAAUGUUUUAUGUACAGCCAGCACUUCAAGGACUUGGGAUCUUAAAACUCCCAUUAUUGUUAAAGGUUUUAUAUAAACAUCUUUAAAAUCUUCAAACAACCCAUUACUUGAGAGGUAAAUUCUGAGGUCAUAAUGUGUGGUAUUAAUGAAUGUCACAAAAAAUAUGGACAAUUAAAAAGGCCUAAAUCUGCGUUUCUUUGCUUGCCAGUAAUAUGCUUGGUAACAUUCAUUAAUCCAAAUUAAAUACCACACAAAACAUUGAGAUAUUGACAUUUUCAUUUUGCGCAAGUGUGUUCGUUUAGUCGCUUUAUUCAUCUGAUAACCUGUUCUCAAUAGUUGCGUAACAUUCAUCUGCUGCUUUAAGUGUAUCUGUGCAUCACAUAUCGUUUAUAGAGGUGAGCUGCAGACAUGCAACAGGCCACCCAGAACAAAUCUACAACAUUUUGGUUUUCAACUGAACAAAAUUACAAGAGCUGGGUCUCCAGCUAUUUCCUUUUCUUGUUAUGCAGAAGAACUGAUGUAAUUUCCAUCGUAUAACUCUGUCUGCUUUAUCCUCUUCCUGUUUCCCAGAAUAUCUUAAUUGCAUUUAGUUUCAUAAGAAGAUCUUAAAAGUCAGACGGGUGGUUUUUGUUGUGUGUGUGUGUGUGUGUGCGUGUGUUCAUUUUCAUCCAGAUCCACUGGAAAUGAUCUUGUCUGUCACCAUCAGUGAACUUUGAAACAGAUGUAUUAGAACAAGUGCAAAAAUGUUUUGUCAUCAAGGCUGCUGCACCUUUUUAAAGUGAUCACACAGCACAGUAUUAUAACAAGACAGUCUAUGACUGAAAUGUAAAUAAUACUCUGAGACAGAAACCUUUAAGAAAUGGUAAAAAAAAAAGUGUUAAAAGGAAAGACAAAUGUAUCUGAUGGUAUGGCUAUGUGCAAUACAGAAAAUACAUUAUAUAGUUUUCUAAAUACAUCAAAUAGCCUUUAUAACUUUAAAACUGAAUUAUGCUAUCUAAAAGUUUAUAUUGAUUUAUAUAUUUUCAGUGUAGUUUCAUGACCCAAUGCUGCUUAUUGUUAUUAAUAUCACACUAUAAAGUAUCAUUAUCAUCAUACUUUCAUUUAUAGUUUCUCUCUCUCUUUUUGUAUGAAGUGUGGUUUUGAUUGUCAGUGUGGUUGAGCUGGUGUAAGACGAACUGUGUGCCUUCUAAUGAAUGUGUGGGUGUGUGUACCAUGUGCUGAUCAGUAUUUCAGGAAAAGAUGGAAAAGGCCUUCACUUUGCUCUCAGGCUGGUCCUGAGUGUAAGAGAGAGGGUGUUUUAGUUGGAAUAGCUUGAGAAAGACAAAAAAGAACCAAGAAUGAAUGAUUGUCAUUGAGAUUCUGAAGGAGAUGUAUAUGGAUGUCAUAGCAGGAUGAAUAUGGAACCGCUUUGUAUGCAUUUGAUCAGUGAUAAGGAUGGUUUUGAAUUUCUGCAAUAAGUCCAUUUAAUAUUGUCUUUCUGAGAUCCAGUCAUUUGUAGUGAUAUGUCAUCACUGCACAGAAGGUACUCUUUAUGAAUUAUUAUCUCAAGCUGACUGACAAUCAUGUGAUUACGUGCUUGCAGUCAAUAUUGUCAAACAACCUGUACAACCGCUGACUGGAAGAGCUUUAAAAAAAACAGUCGAUGAUAUUUGUUUUAUAUAUUGUAUCAGCACAAUCACUCCUAAAAGUAAAGUGUACCAUUAACAAAUAAUGCAAAUGCAUACACCAACUCAAAUUCAAUUGGUAUCAUGCCUUCCAAUCAGUCAACUUGAUUGUGCUCAAUGGAGUGCGAAAGCAAGUCUGGCAGAUGUUUGCUACCCCAUAUUCGUGAAGAAUGGACCACUCAGUGAAAAAGCAUGUGCUUUCUAAGAAUCUCUCACAGAGUCAGGUUUAGGUUUUGAAUGUAAUGUGUGUGUUUUGUUUAGGAUGGAUUCUGUGAUUUACUUUUGAAAAUGUUGACUGACAAUCUUUGACUGUAUUUAGAACCGUGUGAUGAUGGGACUUUUUCUGUAACGUAUGUUUUUGUAUUUUAAUGGAUUGGGACUUUUUGACAUUUGUAAUCUUUUAACUGUAUUAAAUAAUACUGUUACUAUUGAACAUAUAUUUAUACAGAUAUACAUAUUUUUUGUAUCCUUUUAUUCUUACUUUCCUCUUUUCUGAGCUAACUUUUGAACCCCCUUGUCAACAGUAUUACAGACAGUAUGCAUUUGGAUUUAUAUCUAAUUUUUUACACGUAUGUAUGAAUUGAGAAUGUUUAAAAAAUGCUUUUGCUGUCCUCAUGUGAAAUUGUAUAUGUCUAAAUUAAAUUAAACAAAUCAUCCUCUUG